CUCCGCUACCAAUCCUUAGGGCUGGUGCAGCUGUACCGAAGCAGCGUAACCGGAAUUACUUUUUUCGAGGUCCGCGAAGGUAGCGGUCCGUGUAUUUCUCCUUAAGGUUAUGUCUAGUAUCGAAAGUCGCCUAAAUGAAUACAAAGAGAAGACAAAAAUAGAUGGCGAGGACUUGGUACGCAAUGUAUUCCCCAAACGGGUGUUCGAGAUGGAAGAAGUUUUGUCAUCUGAGUUAUUUGUCAUAGAUGCCGACAAAACGUACUCAGAAAUUAAUAUCCCUUAUCCCAAGACCUGGCCUAUCAAACAUCAUUCAGUCGGAGAUUGCAACACUUGUCUGAACAAUCUAACUGAGGACGGGCCUAUUGCUGCAAGCAAGUUGUUGAAGCUAAGUGAUUCCACUGCUUGUCUCAUGCCGUCCGGCUGUGUGCCGUACAAUAGUCACAUAAAAGCGAUGGUCGAAAAGACAAAGCCCUGCCUCACCCGCCUCAUGAUGGAGGCUCAGAUCGUUCGGUUAUGGGUACAGUACAACAUCCCUCGCAUCGAAGACGGGAACAACUUCGGAGUGGGCAUCCAAGAAGAAGUGCUAUCCGAAGCAUCCAGCAUCGAACGAGAUGCGUGUACCUUCCUCGAUCAGAUCACUAGAUACUAUGCUUCACGGGGCAAGUUAGUGGGCAAGGUUGCCAACUUUCCAUUGAUAACGGAUUAUCGUGAGUGCAUCCGGGACAUGGAUGAAAAGCAAGCAAUCACAAUGCGCUACAUCAUCAUGGAGAUUAGAAAUCACUAUGCGACUCUACAUGAUAUCAUUAUGAAGAACAUCGAUCGGAUCAAAACUCCUCGUUCGAACAACGCUAUCACAAUGUAUUAGUAACGUGGACCUCGACGCUGUUCUACUUGUAUUUGUGCUCGAAUAUCUAAGAUGCUGUUAUUUGUCUUUGGUUUUUAUUGGAGCACACUUCUCUAUUGGUGAAGUCAUGGUUUAUGGAUACCACUAGUCAUUGGGUUUACCAGUCAGUCCCCUUUCUCCCCAUAGCUCGAAAUCAAACACGGUAACGUUACC